UACUCAAUUUAUAAACUCAAAAGUCAUCGUUGUACUAACCGGGUUGAUUUUACAAAAAUUUUUGCUAAAAAAUAAGAUUUUUCUUUAAAUUUAAAUAAAAUGGAGACAAUUUUGGGAAUAAAGGGUAAAAAUUUCGUAAUGCUUGCUGCUGAUUGUACACAAGCUCACUCAAUUAUUGCUAUGAAACAAGAUGAAAACAAAAUUCAUAAAAUAUCAAACAAUUUGGCUAUAGCUACAAUUGGUGAAUCUGGUGAUACCGACCAAUUCACGGAGUAUAUAUCAAAAAAUAUUGCUUUAUAUAAGAUGCGCAAUGGCUAUGAUUUAGGUCCAAAAGCUGCAGCUCAUUUUACACGAAAAAAUUUGGCAGAUUAUUUGCGGUCAAGAACUCCAUACCAUGUAAAUAUGUUUGUUGCAGGGUAUGAUGAAAAAGAAGGUUCAGAACUACAUUAUAUUGACUACUUAGCUAAUGCAAAAUCAUUAAACUAUGGAGGGCAAGGUUAUGGUGGUCUUUUUUGCGCAAGUAUAUUUGAUAGAUAUCAUUAUCCAGAUAUUACUCAAGAUGAAGCAUAUGAAGUUUUAAGAAAGUGCGUAAUUGAAAUCCAAAAACGGUUAAUAAUUAAUCUACCUAAUUUUAAAGUCGCCAUCAUUGACAAAGAUGGUGUAAAAUACUUAGAAGACAUAACAAGUAAAAAUUUGUCUUAAGACCUAAGCUUGUACUUUUUUUUAUAAAGAAAAUAUAUGUACGUUUAAAAAUGUUUAAUACA